AUGUCGCUUCCCUCCGAGAGAGUUUUUGUCUUCCACUUUCCGCCAGUGCCUCAUGUGUACUCGGUGUGCCCUUUUGCCAUCAAGCUGGAGUCCUUCCUCCGGAUCAACGGUAUCCCUUACGAACCAGUCUACACCACUGGCCAAAUGAGCAAGAAAGGAAUGAUGCCGUACAUCCGCUUUGGAGAUCCUGAGCACGGUGACGAGCUACCCGACUCGAAUGUAAUUAUCGCUCGGUUCCAAAAGGAAUAUCCGCAAGUGACAGACAACAACUUGACUCCCAUGGAUCGUGCCGUUACUCAUACAAUCACACGAAUGCUGGAAGAACACACGGCUCAGAUUGGCUUUUACUAUCGUUAUGGACUCAAGAUGCCGGAAUUCUAUGAAUCUCUCGACAUUGCCGAUCGCUUCGGAAAUCCCAAGGGAACCGACAUGUGGCUCAAGUUUCAACCCGAUGCGACCAAAGAUAAGACCAAAAAGAGAGGAUUGAGUCGUCAUUCGGAUGAAGAGAUCUGGGCGUUUUCCAAUGACGAUAUCCAAGCGCUAUCGGAUAUUUUGGGUGAUAAAAAGUACUUUUUUGGUGAUGUGCCUACUUUGGCAGACUGCGCAGUAUUUGGGCACUUGAGCCAGUUCCUGUUCAUACCAAUUGACUUUCCUCAGAGAGCUUACAUGAAGGAGCAGUGCCCUAAUCUGGUGCAAUUUGUCGACAACUUUCAGCGGGAACAUUGGCCUGAUUGGGAGGAAUGCUGCCAGAAGAAACCCAACGCCAGGUUUGCCAAGAAGGCGGUUGCAGCCAAUGAUGCGGCAGAGGAGAAGAAGGAAUAA